AUGUCCGGGACACACGAGUCGCAAGCUGUACCGGGGAGCUUAGCGGAAGCCCCUGCGAAGCAGUCCUACCGGUCUUUCAAGAAGAAGUACGCCAAGCUCAGGAUCAAAUUCGAACUCGGUAUCAAAGAAAGCGAGGAACUCGUCCGUGAGGAAAUGCGCAUCGAAGAGCUUUCCAAGCGAAUCCAGGCACAGAACGAUCAACUUCUAGAAGUUCUGUUGGAAUUCAACGACAAUCUCCACCUUUCACCUAGCCUGCGGUUCGGUCUGGAUGCGCCCGAUGACACCCCGUCUCUACCCACACCCGAGAGAGAGUUCCCUGCGUUCGAUGAUCCGGAAUCAGCGACAGUGGCGUUGCGGAGCGCGAAAGCGGACCUGGAGGCUGGUAGGAUCAUGCCAGACGAUUAUCGCGAUUUGGAAGAUGCCGUGAAACGAGGACGCGCGUUUGCCCCGGAGAAGCAAUACACUUCCUUGCUGAAGGUGCCACACACUGCGUCGCAGGCAGAGGAACAAUAUAUUGCUGAGAAUGGGAACACCUCGGAAUCUCUGGGAUAUUUCAACCCAAACUACGAGAAUGAGUAUUACCUGGGAAUUGACGCAAGGCUAGGCGAUGGAUCGGCCGCUCUACAGCUCGAACGCAUCCCCAAGAAACCAGCACCGUCGGAUCGAGAUAGUGAGGUUGCCGUGCGCAACCCGGUCUCUGUCUACAGCUGGCUGCGACGGGAACAGCCCAGUAUCUUCCGAGAUGAUGAUAAUGUGUCGGAGAAGUCUGCCUUACGGCCAUCGAACCAGCGGUCUAAGAAGGCCCAGCAGGCCCGCAAGGAAGAGGACGAUGAGGACAGCGCAUCUAUUGACACCGUUCCUGCCAGCACUUCUAAGAAUAAGCGCAAGCGUGAUGAUGACACCGGUUACCGGCCAAAGGGCGGUAGUAGCCGUUCGCGCAAAAAGAAGGACGACGGUGGUGCUAGUUCCCGGCGUGCUUCGAAAAGAGCAUCUGGUGCUUGA